GGGGCGAUUCCGGCAUAGCCAGAAGCUACGCUCUGGCGUAGAAACUGCUGGCCUUGCGGAGUUGCCCGCUGUCAUGAUAGUGAUCUAAAGCACGCAAAGCCGCUUGUAACAUGAAGGAGCCUCGCAGGGGACAUUCUCGGCGCUGUCGCAGCGUUGAGUGCCGCAGCGAAAACGCCGGCGAAGAACACCUCUUCAGGAAUCCUCUCAGCAAGUGGUACCGCGGCCGACGGCGAAGCAAAGACGAUGAAGCUGGGCUGCUGGAUGCCGAGUAUGAUGCCAGUCACGAAAGCCAUUCACAGCAGCAGCAGCAGGUGCGGGGCAGUCGACAACCUGAGGCAGUCAGCACUAACGGCUCAGGAGGAGCGCCCAAGUCAUUGGCGAAACCCAACAAAAGCAGCAGCAACUGCGAGUCCAAGAAGUGCCCUUCCUCCACGACGUCUGUGCAGCCGCACAAGCCGACAGCAGCCAGUGGGACCUAUGGCCCGCGGGUGCGCAUCUCCCUGCCAGAGGAAGACCUGAGCACCAGGGCCAGACAGCAGGGCCACACUGUGGCCCAUCAGCAAGCCGAACGUGCAGACAAAUCUGAGGUGCCCGCCUUGCCACCCAGACCCGCAUCAUGUCAGCCCAUGCAGCUACCCAACAAAACACGGUCAUUGUGUCCAGCCGAAAGAGCCCGAUGUGGCAAACACUGUUCUUGCAGGCUGGCCUUCCCAGGGUGCCACAAGCAAGAGGCGGCCUCUGGCCACUCACCGUCCAGGGCUCUCACCCAGAGCCCUGCCAGAGCUAUGGGUGUUCAGUCACUGGAUGCCCUGCUUGGCCAGCUCUGUUCGGGCAACUGCAAGAUCUCCAUGAAAGUCAAGGACAAAGAGGGCAGGGCAAACAAGGACAAAGACAUCAAAGUCCACAAGGAUGAUGACAGCAAGACACAUGCCCACAAACACAACGAAAUCUGCUGCAUGAAAGAGGCAGCUCAAUGCAGCCGAAGCCACUUUCCUAGCACCUUCCCUACAAGCAUAGAAGUCCUCAUGACGGUAAAUCACUCAUGCACAACGCAUCGAUCCAUAUCGGAGCGAAGCCUGCAGCGUGACAGCUCUAUGGUUAGUGUGGUGCAUUCGAAACCAGGCCACCAAGAGAUCAUCUCCAUCCCAAAGUCUCGCUUCAUUGUUGUGGCUGCACUGCUAACCAUUGUAAUGGUAGCCUGCUUUUGCAUCACGAUAUACUCUUUCUCUGUACCUGCAGAGCAUGACCACACGCAAGCAAACCAAUCCACCAAGACUGCAAGUCCAAAGGAGAAUGUGCGGUCUUCGUCCAGCAUAGCUGUUGGUGGCAAUACAACUACUGUAGCCACCAUAGCAGCUGCAUCAAAUGCUUCCCAAACAGUGCGAGCCCAGUAUGACUCCCUACUUCAACAUCAACGGACAAAUGUUAAUGUUUCGCAAGGCCGGCCACGUAUUGUGAUCUUGUAGUCAGGAAUGCCAUUUAACUUCGUAAAUUUGUUGGUUAAUGGGCAGAAAAAUCUACUGCUAGGGAAAACCUGCUUCAUAAAGCAGUAUUGAACGCAUAAAAAUGGUGGAGGGACGGUGAAAAUAACGUUUGUGGCAUGCUAUGAUACAGAAGGUCUACAGUGCUUGGCAAAUUACAAAAAAACUUGCUGUCACUACAAAAGCACUGUCAUACCGCCUGCAAGAUGCGAAUAAGACAAACUACAGUACUUGUAGUCGGUUCUUAUGAAAUGCACAAACAGAAAAGAUGAAUAUUUAACAGUGAACGUCUCCCUCUUUGUAUAUUAUAAUAAAUAUAUUGACAUUCUUCUCACUCACUGGUACAUUCAAACCCUUAAAGACAUGUAUGGGAAUGUAAGUUUCUUGCAUAUACCAUAAAAUCCCAAGCAAGCACCCACCCCUAUGGAGAAGAAUGAUUCGACAAGAUUUGUAGUGGGGCCCUUGCUCAGCCAGGAAUAAAAAUUCAAAAUGGCAGCAGAAGAACCACGAAAAAUAAACAAUGCACUCCCGUGCUUG